AUUAUAUCUACGCGCGUUUCGGAAAACGACGGUUAACUUUCUAAUGUAUAUAUACUGCUAUGAGUACUAUCCUUUACAUUCUGUACGCCUCUACUCUAUUACCGUACUCUUGUCUAAGCAUUACUCUUAGAAUAUACCCCUUCAACACACAACAUACGAGAUUCAUAUGGCGUCAGGAGACCGACCCCAGCUGGUCAAUUUUGGUGGAGGACAAUGCUUCAUCCAAGGCUGCACCUGCCAGGCUCAUAUAGGUGAAAGUGGGAAGGCUUGUGAAAACUGUGACCAUAAGUAUAAAGAUCA